GCUUAUGUGGAACAUCCACUAUCAAACCUGGAAGGUCACUGAUUAUUGGCCCUGGUUUAUCUUAAGGAAACAUGGAACCAUCUUUAAAGAACAAAUACGUGGCAUGCGCGGCUGCCAUUCUGGCUAGCGUGGCCAUAGUGACGACCAUAUGGGCAACCAUGUGGGCAAUGUCCAGGACUCAACUUCAGAAGGAACAGUCUGUGUCCCCCGACCUGUGUCGCUCCGUAUCUUGUCUGGAAUACGGCGCCCUCUACAGUGCUUCCAUAGACCCGACCAUGAACCCUUGCGAAAACUUCUACGCCUUCGUCUGCGGCCGCUGGAAGAACAGCUUAUCCGUCCAGAUGACGGCACGGAAGGACUUCUAUCAAGCAGUAUCGAGCGUCCUGAUGAAAACCUGGGCUCCAAAAGUCCGCCAGAACGCCACGCAAAUGGCCGCAAAGAUGUUCAAGUCUUGUCACAUGAAAUCUGAUUAUGACGGCGAGGUAGAGAUCAUAAGGAACAGCAUGCGACAAGCAGGACUCAUGUGGCCUUACGUCUCCAGCCGUCCGGACGUUCCCUAUAGCCUCAUGUACACGUCUAGACACUUCAUGACACCACUUUUGCUUAGUUUCAGCACGGACGUGAGCGGCCACAACCCAUCAUUUCAAGUGGCGGCAAGCUGGGACGCCGACCGUGCUUGGGAUCCACUGAAGUGGUGGCCGCCGUCUAGACGCGAGACGAAGAAGUAUCGUGAUUUCUACGACGAUCUGACCAAACGAUUUGCGGAUAACGGAUCAAACACAGUCCCAUUUGAAGAAAUCGGCAAGAUAGAAGACGUUCUGGGGAAGGAACUUGACCGCGUUCCUGAUUGGAGUCAGUACGAUUCAAACCCGGGCUUUAACAAAUUCCAAAGGUUUAGGAGUUACAGUCACGCCGUAGACACGAAGAAGUGGUCGAAAAUAGCUAGCGACAUGUUUCUGAGCGAUUUGGAGGGCCUACAGUACCAAACACAUUACUUAACUGUAAACGCAGUAAUGUCGCUCCUGGCUAUCAUGAAUAAAACCAGCCAGCAGGCAUUCCACACCUAUAUCGGUUGGUACAUGGUUCAAGUAUUUCCUUCCUCGUUAAUCAGGAGCUUACUGAUGAAGUACGUGGACGAUCCCGAAGACACGUGGCAAAUCGAGGACCUCUAUUGCCUGCAACGUCUGGAGCUAUUCCUGGGAAUUUGUCUGGUAGCGCCGUUCAUCGAAAUAACCGAGACUGCAGAAAAACGAGGAGAAAUCACGAAUAUGGUCAGCGGUAUCCGAGACUCGGCACGACGGAUCGCACCGCAGAAACUGAGCUUUGCCAUCGUGGAACGGAACUUCACUGGCUUAUUUUGGAUUCGAGACUCCUACAAAAGCAUCAGUACACUGAACGCUUUGUUCGAGAACUAUCCCGAUAUGGGGCCGUCGCUGCCAGAGAACUGGAUGAGAAUAAUGAAGGUUCGCAAUAAAACACACGCUACAGACUACAAGAUGCUGUUCAAGGAUUAUUUUAGUGGCAAAGAGCAUCUUUACGGACUCCUUUCCGAGGGACCGCCGUGGGAUGUGUUGCGAUGGAACGACCUCUACCUCACUAUAAAACCACACCACUUUUCGAUGCCUAUCUACGGUUACAACGCCACGUCCAGUCUUCUGUACGGUUCCCUGGGAUCUAUGGUUGCCACUGCGUUUGCCAAUGCCAACAACGUUACUGCAGAAGUGGCUUGGAAAGGGUUGUCGCCGGGCCUAAAGUGUACGACGGAAAGUGAAGCGUUCAACGACUUCAAGGCACGUCCCAAGGACGUCAUCUGGAGAUUUGGGAUGCAAGAGUUCCUGUGGGAGGCCUUUCAAAAUAGGACGGAUCGAAAGAAGUUGGCGAACUUCACCGGUUACACCGUCGAUCAGGUAUUCUUCAUCGCCCAAUGUUACCUUUUGUGUGGCACUGGAAGCACGACGGAAGCCCAGUGCAAUGAACCUCUGAAGAGGAGUACGCACUUUUCGAACACUUUUAAAUGCUCCAAGGGUUCGCCUAUGAAUCCUGUAGAUAAAUGUGCACUCAAUCGGAGCGCUAAAUCCUUACGUACUCAUAGUCGCAGUGAAGCUAUACCAUACCGGAAACCGUAUUAUGUACAGCUCUGAAUGAUUUGUUUGAAAAUACACUUUGCCUUUGCUUCGG